UAUUGUUGUUGUUUUUUGUAGGCACUGUAGUACUGGAGAGGGUAUGUUUGUCUUUCAUACGUUGGAAGGGGAGAAAAUUUAUCGCAAAAUUCACCAAGCUACAUUGGCUAUUGCAGAAGCCCAUCAUCGACUUUAUAAACAAGCAAAAGAAAAAGUUCCUGAAGGAACCCAUAAAAAUCAGGACGGCUUUUGUCUACAGAAUGCACCAACUUACAGCCCUAUCAGUAUGGUGAACGUUGCCGGAGGAGCGACGUAUUCAGUCACUCACGACACCGAGUCACCCGUUCAUCGAGUCGAUGCUCAAGAAACUGAUCUUGUAGAGCAUGCUGCUGUUACUGAAGAUAAACAAAAUCCAGAAGAAAAGUCGGAAAUGGAUAUUGUUGAGGGACUGAAGUGGACGGGCAACCAGGGGGCAACGUCAAAAUGUAGUUUACGAUCACACUUAUUGCAGUGUGAGUCUCACCAGUGAGUGUGUGGUGACUCAAAAUAUGGUUACUCUCUUUCUUUUCUUUUUUUUUUUUCAAAAUAUUUAUGGAGGAAAGCUUUUGCUGAAAAAUGGUGGUGGUGUCAUGGAAAAUGUACAGAAGAAUGCCAUUGUGGGAAAAGCUAUGUGCAGCCAAGGAGCCAAUGAAAUACUACUUUGAGUGGUUCAACUCAGGGUUAAUUGAGUUCUUCUGUAUAUGCUGUUACAAACAAGUUAGUUGCCUUCACAUCUAUAUCACGAUGAGGUUGUAUUGGAAUCAAUCUCUUUAACUUUAGAUUUAUCUGGAGAAUUCAUCAUACAUGACAGCUCUGUUUAGUCAGUUUACCAAUGAAUUUAAAACAGUUUUAAACCAUUGUUUUUUUUUUUAAUUAGACCCACAAAAAAUUACUGUUCAACUUGUUGUUUGUUAGGUUUCUAAUUAUUUUCACAAUACCUGGUACACACACACACACACACGUUGUCUAGUGUACUCUUAGUUGCACAUGUAUCUUUUUGUUUAGCUAAAUAUCCACAUGUCAAAACUCUGCCUUCUCAAGCAUAUUCAGAAACUGUGUUAAAUAGACAUUUAGUUUCAUAGAUAGAACUUAUGCUGUGAACAAACAGAACCAAUAGUCUAAAUACUGUUUCGGUAACAAAAAUAGCUACAACAGUUACUUGUAAUAAGAGAAAACUACUUAGUUCAAGGCUGAAAAUAAAGCAUAAGCAACAACUGAGAUGAAAAACGAAUAAAUUAAAAAACAUUAUUCAGCCAGAGCAAAAAAUAAAACCUUUCAUUAAUAAUGAUGCAACGAGGAAUGAAAAGGCAACAGGGAAGAUAGGUUUUAUUUAGAUAUCUUUCUGUAGUACAUGUAGCUUAAGAAAUGUAAAGAAACCAUAGACAGUGUUACUAGUAUAUAAACGAUCAGGCCCGUUUGAAAAAUACUACUAACAUUCAAGCUAAGGGUCUUGGAAAGAAAUUGUACUAAAUUUUCCUUCUUUUCGAGAAUAGUGUGAAAGGUAUUACUGAUCGAUCUCGUAAUGGGUCUAGCUGUUUGAUUUGUAUACAGACCGACAAGGAUGUGCAAAAUGUGACAUAGGUCAGUAA